GAUGCUACCUGACCUGCUGGUCUUUUCCAGCACCACACUCAGGACUCUGCUCUCCAGUCUUCAUUUUCUCCCAGUGCAGAGACACUGCAAGAACUGAGUGAUUUGGAGCUGGGCUUCAACACCAUGUGUGGAAGUGGAUCCACUGUCCGUGAUUGUCACAGGGUAACUGUGAUUCAUGGCAUCUUUUAAAACUGAGAAAAACUGGACUGAUCUACAGGAAAGUUUGAAUCGUGUUCGACAGCAGCUCGGUCUGAUUCCACGGGCAGAAUGGGAUAACUUUGUGCCUAGUGAACCUCCGCUUCGUGUUUGUUUAACCAGUCAGUGUGACAGAUGGAUGGCGCACACCCCAUCAAACCUGCCCGGGCUCCACACCAAUGUCAGACGGGUUCCCCAGCGAGAGGCUCCCCCACUGUUCUCUGGAAAGACCAAUGGCAAAAAAGAAGCUCUGAGGAAGCAGCCACUUGGUAAACAUAAACGUUCCAGUGUUCCGGAUGCUGCCAUGAUUAUCUCCUCUGAUCUCCCAUUGGAGAACCGCUGCUCAAUGAGACAACAAGCACAUGAAAGCAGCAAGAAGGGGUCACCAGGAACUGGGGGUCACAGCUCAGGACUUCAGCGGGAACAUGCAGCAUUUAGUUUCUUCAAGGAAAACCAGUCGUUUGCCUGGAACUUUGUUGAUUGGUUCAUUUUGGAGAUGCUUGAAGAUGAGUUGGUGCCUGAUACCUUGAUGGAAGUGCUGUCCCAUGAUGUUACUAAGUGUGCUCCUGCAUACUCACCAACUGGGAAGAAUUUCGAUGUCAAGAGGAAGCUACCGGAGACAGUGAAACUGGAUGUAUUGAAGCAGCUGCCAGCUGUGACAAUAUUAGACACACUCCUGGAGGAAGCUGUCAGUGAGAUGACUGUGGGAUUGAUCCGAAGAGUUGUUGAGGAACUUGUUGAGAAUCACCUGACCAACACAGCUAUCAAUGAUUCUCUGACAGAGCUCAUAGUGGAGACGGUUGAGCCAAUGGUGCCACAGCUGGUGAAAGAGACUGUAAAUGAAACAUUGCUGGAGGGAAUCCUGCAGGAAGACAUUCUGCCGGAGGUACUGGAUGAGGAAAUGAGGAAUGUUGCAGUGUUACUGCUGAGUGAAUAUGACACUGAAACGCAUGAAGAGCAGCAGCAGGCUGUGAGCACAAAUGCUGACCAGAGACUCCUUGAUAUGUUCCUCUUGGAGGGUCUGUUGAAGAUUCUCAGGAACCAGGGGAGAGAAUUGUCUGAAAUGAUUGAGCUGGACAGGCUAUUAGACAGUUGGAUGCUCGAUGUCCUUAUCGGGCAAUAUCUGAACAUUACCCAACACUGUUGUUUAAUUACUGAGAAUGUGGCACUGAAGGAUUACCACAGAAAGGCUUUCACUGACGUGGUGCUGGAUGUGAUCUUGUCAGAGCUGAGUGAACACAUGGAUGAAGACCUGGCCGAUCUCUUCCAGUAUGAACAGCAAAUGGAGGAGAGAAACUUAAUCGCAGACGGUGGUUAUCAGAGGGUCUAA